AAGAUGCCGCCGCCUCCCACGGAGGCAGGGAAGCCAGCACCGGUGCAGCGAGUCCAGCUGGUGACAUCAUCAGGCACACAGACUAGCCCCUCCCCUAAGCCAAGACGGAAGCAGCAUCACUACCACCAUCAUAGGCAUAACGUGGGUCAGCCUGGAGGGGGUGGUGAGGAGGUGGAUGGAAGGCCCGAGGACGGAGACAGGCACAUGAAUGGACAGGCAAGGUCAGGUGUACACGACCAACAUAGCAGGCACAGAAAAGCUAGCAGCUCUUCCAUAUCCUCUGUGUCUCAGACGGCGUUCAGCAAGACGGAAGGCACUGAUCCGUUGGUCGAUCGGCAGCACUCGUCAGGUCGCUCCAGUGAUAGCAGCUCACUGUCGCAGAGCCACGGCUCGCUGGACAGUCCGCAGCGGUCAUCCGACCCCUCGCGCGCGCCUCACAGCCCCCACCGGUCAGACUCCUCCCGCACCCCUCACAGCCCACACAGCCCUCGCCGUUCCGACCCCUCGCGCGCGCCGCUCAGCCCCCAGCGGGCAGACUCGGCCCACACCGCGCACAGCCCGCAGUGGUGUGACGUGUCGCGCACCCCGCACAGCCCGCUGCGCAGUGAGUCGUUGUCGUCGCGUGACGCGGUGUCGCGUGGCGUGGACGUCGCCGUUGCUGAGUCCCCGCGGCCGCAGCGCAGCGGGGUCGGCUCAGCGCGCCGCGGCUCUGACAGCGGGCUGCGUGCGCUAGAGCUCAGCAUACAGACGGUGCCCGAGGACCAGGACAUCGACGCGGUGCCGGCACCGCCACCGCCGCGUCGCGCCGCCAAGGAGGCGCCGAUGUCGCCCAGCUCACAGAGCUCGGCGCAGUCGUCGCGCAGCACGCCGGAGACGGGGGCGGCAGCUCCGCAGCGCGCGGCGCCGCGCACGUACGGCAGCGCCGACGAGACAGCCGCCCUCGGCGGCGCCAGCUUCCAGCGCGGUGGCGCGAGGAGCGCGUCCACCCGCGCCUACCGCUCGCCGCAGGUCAGCCGCCGCUUCCUCGACUCACACAAGUACGCGAAGGAGUUCCACGCGCUGCAGCAUUGCGGCGGCGACGCGGCAGCGCUGGUGGCGGCGUCGCCCGCUGAGCAUUCGGCGACGCUGCAGCAUCCGAAGUGCAGCGAGCACUCGCGCAGCGCGGCCGCGGUCGCGCGCGGUGCGGCGAUCGCGCGUGGAGGCGCCACCGUCGACGCCGCGCGCUCGGAGCGGCUGCGCAGCGCCGAGAUCACGAAGCUGCGCUUGGCGAGCGGCGAGCAUGCGUUGUCGUUGUCGUCGCCGCGGGAACCACAGUCGCAGCGUCUCGUCACCGAUCAGCAGCCGAAGAUGGCGGCGGUGUCGCUGGCGCAGCACCGCACGCACCUCGGCAAGCAGGAACGCAACAAGCAACAUCGGCUGUCGCCCGGCGACUACUCAACGCUGCAGCAUCUGAAGCCAAAGCAGACGCCUGCCGCACCGGGUCACCACGACUACGCAUCACUGACACUUCAGGCGAAGAAGCACGCGAAGGAAGCUGAGGACAUCGCCGCGGCAUCGGCCAAGUACCACAUGUGCAAGACCCUCACCGAUACGUCUCCGCCCGGCCAUGCCCCCCGACCUCGGACGUCAAUGGAGCAGCAUCAGAGAUCGCUAUACCACUCUCCACCUCUUGCUGCCACCACGAGUCCCCCGAUGUCGAUCGCACAGGUGCGACAGACGAGUCGGGAUGCGGCGAUGACGACAUCGCUGUCCACAUCAUUCCCCAACCAGGCGUCCGCGUUCUCGCUCUACCAGGGUCAGCCCGACAACGUAGCACCACUGUCAAUGUCAUACACGGGUCGAGAAGGUGGACAGCUUACAGCACAGGUGCCCAAGACGCAGAAAGUAGUUCCACGAAUGGGAGUCGCCAGUAGUCGAGCUGACCGUGUGCACAUACGCACAAAUCCAUCUGCCUUCCGACCACCGAACCACCCUAGUCACCAAUUACAGCUGCAACAGUUUCUUCAGGAGCAGGAGAAGAGGAGAGAGCUGGUGGACUCGAGCGACGACGAUCUGUACGAGGACGACGACCGUGAGGAGGACGAGGACGACUUUGCAGACGACGAGGAAGGUGCGAGCAAUGCUGACUCAUCCUCGCAGGAGUACCUAGAUGACAACGACUCGCUGAGUGGGAAGUACACAGGCUCUCAGUAUUCUCCGCAAAUGCCCUCUAAGCAUGGCUCCAGCUACCAAGGAAGCAUAGCGGGAGAGGAGAAUAGUGACAGCAGCAGCGCCUUCUCCAUGUCCUCUCCCGGCACGAAGCCACGGCUUGUGGGCGGUCCAGCCUCUGGUGCCAUGGUAACAUCGACAGUCGCCCCUGGCAACCAGCCAUCAAUCAACAGCGCUGAGCAGAACCGAGGUCCACCCGGCUCAAAUCCUCUCAUACAGAAGAAUCGCAAGCCGAUCUGUGAGAACGACAUCGAGAAUUAUGCGCACGCAAAUCUCAACCGCCACAAGAAGGGUCUGUUUGGCAAGAAAGUCUCUGUUGCCAACAUGCUGUCCUGGUCAAAGGAGCCACUCAAGAAACCGAUGAUUGCGACCAGUGACAAGAAAGUGAAGAAAGAAGCUCUAGAGAUCUUUAAACUAAUUCAGAUGUAUAUGUGUGAUCGCAAAUUGAAGAGUGGUAUGACUCAGCUUGGCAUUGCACUAGACUUGGCAAAACGGGGUUGGACGAACAAGGGUCUGCGAGAUGAGCUGUACAUCCAGCUAUGCAAGCAGACGACUGACAAUCGCCGAGCGGAGAGUUUGGAACGAGGCUGGGAGCUGUUAGCCACCAUGUUGAAUUUCUACCCUCCUUCUGUCAAUUUUCAUGACUACCUAGAAGGCUACAUUUACAGAAACAUGGAACCCUCCUUCAAUCAUCCUGAGGUGCCAGUGAAUCACUAUUCAACACACUGCUUCAAGAAGCUGGAAAGGACGUCCAAGACAGGAGCCAAGCGUGGCAUUAAGAAACCAGCGAUGGAGGAGGUUCAAGCAGCAAUCCACUGCAUCUUCCAUCCGUCGAUGUUUGGCACUACUCUAGAUGACAUCAUGGUGCUGCAGGUUGAGCGCUUUCCCAACAGAAACCUGCCAUGGGUGCAAAUAGCCCUAUCUGAAGAGGUGCUCAGGCUACACGGCUGUCAGACGGAGGGCAUCUUCAGGGUUCCGGGUGACAUUGACGAGGUGAACGCGCUGAAGCUGCACGUCGACCAAUGGCAGAUACCGUCGAGCAUCACCGACCCGCACGUGCCCGCGUCGCUGCUGAAGCUGUGGUACCGCGAGCUGUACGAGCCGCUCAUCCCACACUCGUUCUACGAUGACUGCAUCAAGAACUGCAACGACGCCGAGUGCGCGAUCCGCAUCGUCAACAGCCUGCCCGAGAUCAACCGGCAGGUGCUCUGCUACCUGCUGCGAUUCCUGCAGGUGUUUGCAAGUCGGGAGCAUGUCGUCUACACGAAGAUGGACGUGAACAACCUCGCGAUGGUGAUGGCGCCCAACUGCCUGCGCUGCAUGUCCGACGACCCGCGCGUCAUCCUCGACAACACGACGAAGCAGAUGAGCUUCGUGAAGACUCUCAUCACGAGCCUGGACACGAGCUCGCUCGAGGUGAUACUCUGAAGCCAUGCUCAGCCCAGGCUCCACCCGCACCACCGCCACCCCAGCAGCUGCAGCAGCAGCACCAGCACCACCCCAGCAGCUGC